AUGGGGCGGAGCUCGGGGGGAGAGGGAGGAGGAGGAGGAGAGGGGCAAGGGGAGGCGGACGGCGGCGGAAUCGCAGACUGCUCGCCGGGGACCAUCGUCUGGGUGCGGCGGCGGAACGGGUCCUGGUGGCCCGGGAGGAUAGUCGGGCAGGAGGAGCUCGCGGCGUCGCAAGUGGUGACGCCCAGGACGGGGACUCCGGUCAAGCUACUCGGCCGCGAGGAUGCUAGCAUUGACUGGUAUAACCUGGAGAAAUCAAAACGUGUCAAGGAAUUUAGAUGUGGAGAGUUUGAUGCUUGUAUUGAGAAGGCAAUGGCUUUUCAAGGAACUCCUGUAAAGAGAAGAGAAAAAUAUGCUCGUAGAGAAGAUGCUAUUCUUCAUGCUCUUGAAUUGGAAAGAAAGCAGCUUGCAUUGAAGUACCAGAACCAAGGUUUCAGGGCAGAUGACAGCUGCAGUACCCUCUUUGCUGACACAGGGAGGGAGUUUGACGACUUCCCUUCAGAAUAUUACUCAAGAAACAACGUCCAGGAACCUCAGUUGCAUUUGCAAAGCUCAGCAUCUCAGCAACGCGUAGAUCUCAGCACUACUCGUUAUAAAAGCAAAAAGAGUAAAAAACAGAAAGGGGAUAACUCUGUUCUCCUUGGUAAAACAAAAGAGUGUGAAGAAAAGUUUAUUCAUGCUGGUUCAAAAAGAAACUUGUCAGGAUCUCUUGCUCUGGAAGCUUCAGGGAACACUCUCAGUAAUUACGUCAAUGGCUUUUCCAGUUCAGGACAUACGCAAGAAGGAUCAAAUGUAGAGAGUGGUGAGAAAAAUACAGCCCUGAAAAAGAGAAGAUUAGUGGAAGCUGUUUUUGAAGCAUCUGUUGUCAAAAAACAUGAUAGAUGCAGGCCACUUGCUCAAGUUGUACAGAGUAGCGUCAAAUUUCCUCGCUCUUUUCAGUGCAAUGAUGAUUCUGGAACUGUUGUAGUUGAAGGAGGUAAGGAUCCUUUGCCUGCUAUCUGUCAGGCCAAAAGAAGUGGUGCCACAUACCUGUCUGCUGAUUCUGGUGAUGCACAUAGCCGUGACUUCAUACCUGUUAAGGAAACAAUAUUAACAGAAGCUCAUCGUGAGACAGAAACUUACCUAAAGCAGGAGGAUACUCUUCUCGAAGAGCAAACAUUUCCGGACUUCGUUGAGAAGCAUGAAUCUGAUCCUUCAAUGAGUUUAUGUUCAGAUACUGAGACAGAAGAUGAUGCUGAACUUCUGCAAAGGUAUGCUAAGGUACAAUCCCUUGAAUCAGAUGCAUGUGAUCCUAAUUCCCUCCAGGCUUCUAAUAAGUCAAGGCAUGCAAAUGAUAUUGAUGACGAUGAUGAGAUGAACUUUUCUACUCAUAUUCCUCAACAAAACGUCUUACUAGGAGAGGAUGGUUCUCCUGAGUUAGGUGUUUCCCAGUGGCAUAUGAAAGGUAAACGCAACCGGCGCACUGCAGUGAAGAGACCAAUGGGGAAGGCGGAUGAAAAUCUGUCAUUAGAUAGCUCAAGUAGUUUCAUGAAGGGGCUGCUCAAAAUGACCAAUAAAGGUGACUCUAAAGUUGAGAUUAUUGAUGCGUCUAGCCAUCAACCGUUUGGUCAAAGUUUUCCUGAGAACCAAGAAGGGUUGGAUUGUGGUCAUGAUGAAGCAGAUUUGGUUGACAAGGCCGCGAGUCAUUCAGGAGUUAACAGAUACUAUGGUAAAGAUUAUCCCUUAUCUUCAGAACCUAUCAGAGAUAUUGGACGAAGUUACACUUCUUUCAACGACUCUGAAAUUUCUUGCAAGACCUCUUUGCUAAAUAAAAAUGGCAAUCAGAUAACCUCUAUUGGUCAGAAGGCAUGUGGGGAAGGAUCUUCAUUGUAUCAACAAAAUCAUGGCUCACAUCUUGGUUACAUUGGGCCGGUGUUGUUUAAUGUUGACCUGAAGGUACAGGCUAACUAUCAAGGCGAGCAUGUCCCAUUGGUUUCUUUGAUGAGCAGACUGGAUGGCAAAGCUAUUGUUGGACACCCUAUCCAAGUUGGAAUUCUUGAAGAAGGUUCAAUGGACAGGCUUAUUUUGGGCAGUGAUCUUGUUCUGGAAAAUAGCACAGCAGCAGCACCUGCUUGGCCAACAGGCAGAAGGACUGCUAUGCCAAGAGUCCCACGUUUGAAUUCAUCACGAGCAACCUUAGAUGGCAAUGCCACCGAUGAGCAGGGGGUCAAGCAUGCAAAGAAAAGCACCACCAGUGUGCGGAGGCCAUUUUCGCAGAAAUCUCAAAAGAAGCCCUCUGGCUUCAAGAAAGCAAGCUCACCAAGCCAGAAAACCAGACCCCUUUCAUCCAUUUCCAUUGGGAAAACGCCUCACAGAGAAGGUGGUCAGGCAAAGGCACAUAGGCGCAGCGAUGUUCUGGGUGGUCUAUUGAAAUCAGAUGAAGCAAUUCCGCUGGUCACAUGUGUCCCCGCAAAGGUUGUGUUUAGUAGGAUAAUGGAAGCAGUUGGCAGGCCGUCCCAUGCUCUUGCUCACCGUGCUAGAAAGGCCAGUCCUGCGGUACGGGAUCCACCGUAG